AUGGCAACAAGCCCCUACCCAAACUCCGAUCCGCCGCAGCCUCCCCCGCCGCCGAGAGACACAGACACAGACACAGACACAGGCACGGGAACAGGCACAGGCACUGACGACACUACUGAUAAUACUAUGGGCAUCGUCGACGUCGUCGGGUCCUCGCCGCCGGGCGAUGACAUCCGGUGCUGCUGCGGGAGAGAAGACUGUGUAUAUUUGAGACACAACUGCUCGGUGCUGCUGAGCGUCGAGCGGGAUGUCCACGCGGCAGCCAAGAUGGGGCAGACAGCCCUGACGCAGGAGCCAGACCCAGAGCUCGAACUCGAACUUGAACUCGACCUUUACUUCCCUUCUCGAACGCUAACAUGGUCGCUCCAGACGCUCCUCGCCCGCCACGAAGCGUACAUGGCCUCUGCAGAGAGGGACAGAGCCGAGCUCAACGCCCGAAUUGAACAGCUCGAAGCCGAAAACGCUGAACUCGAACGAAAAAACCGCGAGGUCAACCACGACAACCACAAUCUACGAGACGAGUUGGACCACCUGAACGAUACUGUCAAGGAUGCAGACACAAAGAUAGAAUUUUUGGAAAGGACGCUACGAGAUGCACAGCGCGAGGUGCGACGGCUCGAAAGCGCAGCGCAACGAGCGGCCAGUCUGGAGAGGCAGAUUGAACUGUUGGAGGAGGAACAAGCCACGCUACAGGCCGCCGUCAUCACCACGAAAGACGAGGCGCGGACGGCCAUACACCGUUGGAAACAAGCUGAGAAGGGGCUCAGUGACUUGCAAGCACAGUUGGAACGAAUGGAGAAAGAGGCGAGGGAGGAUCGAGAACGACAUGUUGAAGUCAUCAGCCGCAUGGAAAGGCAGCGUCUCAUGGAGAAGGAGCUCAACACAGCAGCUGGGAGGCUCAAGGGCGCCGCCGCGGUAAGGUCAAUGACUGAUAGUAAGAACAGCGGCAACGUCGUGUCUCACUUUGUGCGCGACCUCUUGCAGGACAACGCCAACCUGCAGCUGGGAAUGGCUGAACUCCGCGAGAUGCUGGUCAACUCCAACGACGAGAUUCAGAUGCUGCGGGAGCAGCUGCUGUGUCACCAGCCAGCACCACCGCUAAACGAUUUCGAGAGAGAACCCGAGACACCUGCGGAAGAAACGCCACAAGCCGGCACCUCGCCCCAGUCACUCCGGGCCGAGCUGGAGGGACACGAGCAGCCACCGCCUCGAAUCACGCAGCAAUUACAUAUUCACCACCAUUACCACGUCACCCACAAGCAGGAACUCAAGAGGAUGAGAAAGAAGCGACAAGGGAUAUCAUCUGGUACCUUCACUCCACCCAAGAUGUAUUCUGCCCCUUCAUCACCCGUCACAUCGUCCAUAAGAUGGCAUCGGGGUCCCGUGAAUGGGAACCAUGAGCCACCAACACCUUCAGAACACCAUUGGUCUCGACAAGAUGACGAGAACCCAUCAGAGUUUGGACAUUCGUCAGAGAUCAGCUCCCCACGGUCGUCCAACAACCGCAAUUCCGUAUUUGACCGCAUGGUGGACGUUUCUUACCCCACAUCGCCCACGACAAGCCUGGAUCCAACAUCACCAGCAUGGAAGACCGCGCAUCGAAAGAGAACCUCGGAGUGGUCCAUGUUUCCGAUUGACGCAUCCUCUACUUGGAACGGCCCGCCACCAACCAAUCCACACCCGCUAACCAACUUUGUCCGUUGCGGCGAGCGCUCUCCCAGCACUCCGAGACGCGUCCAAGAUGACGGGACACAGACCUACUCCGACGCCGGCAGCACAGACGCAGGGGAUCUCAUCUCGCCACACUCCAAACACUUUGAUUCGCAAGUAUUACAACGCCCGGGUGGCAGGUUACGCCGUGUGACCUCGCAGGAAUCCAUCAUGUCCUUGUCCAACGGGAUGGAUAUUCACACGCUGCAGGCGCGACCGAGUCAGCUGGCGUUGAAGCCCCUGGGUUUGAGCGCUGCGGGGACGAAUCUCAGCGAGGUUAUUGCUUCACCUACCCUGACGAGUGGGAGCAGUGAUGGGAAGAGGGGAAGCGUCUUUUUGAUGGGUAACCUCGCGAAUCAGGUGAGGCAACCUGCCAAUCGGACCGUGUCGACGCCUACACGGUCGGGCAACGAACGAUUGCAUCCAGGGAUCAGGAGGACGCCUUCUGCGUUGGGGCGGUUGGUUUCAUGGAGGCCGUGGGGGGGGAACACUGCGCCUACGUCUCCUGUUGCGACGCCACCACCACCGCCGCCUACUUUGAUUGCGACUUCUACGGCGAUUCCGGCGUUUGGGCUUGCGGUGACGAGCCCAACGGUUUCGGUUUCUAGUGUGCCCAAGAGUCCCGAGGGGAGCGUGAGUUCUUCGGGGACUUUUAGGGGCACGGGGAUCAACCAGAAGGGGGUGAUUCCGGGGUUUAAUGAGUAUUGGGCUAAGCAUCAGGUUUUGAGGCGGCCGACGAGCAAGGUUUGCUUGGAGGGGGACAGGUUGGGGGCUGUGGAGGAGGGGUUGAGGGAGGCGUUGGAGCCGAUGGUGGAGGAGUGA